GCUUGCAUGGGAUAAUAAGCUUUUCCUGUAUGCUGCGCCUCAAAAAGUUUACCACUGAAUCGCAGCCAGUAGAGGAUGGGGAGGAGAGGUGUGGGCGGAAGAAAUAUUAUGAGAGGUUUAAGUCGAGCUAUGGAAUCGUGCGGGAAGGAUUUAUCUACGGCGGAGGAAAUCGUGGGCGACCUGCGUUCCAGGUACGGUAAUUAUGCGAGGAUGUCCCGUCAAACACUUGUCCGCAACGUCAGAAAUGUCCUUAAUGCCGGAGACAACAACAAGAAGCGUGUGAAAGAAGACGACGAAGAGGAUGAUGAAUGUGCUGGUGCUGGUAAGAUGAAGAAACAGAGACGUCUUGAUGAGAAAGAAGACAAGGAGAAGUCGGUUUCUUCUUAUUCUUCUUCGUCGGAAUACGGUGAUUUGACCAGUGACAGCUUAAGAGGUAGCUACGCUAAGAUGAAUAAUAAUAAUAACUCCACGAAACUUGCUCCCCCUCUUCCUCCUCCCUUGAGUGGUAAUAAUAAUAAUAAUAAAGUAGUAGUAGGACCUACUUUUAAAGACUUUGCCGGGAUUAAAAAAGUGUUGCAUGAGUUGGAUCGUUAUAUUCUGACCCCUCUUCUCAAUCCUCCAUUGUUUGGGACGGUUGGAGCGAACCCACCAAGCGGGAUUCUAUUCCAUGGACCACCUGGCUGUGGAAAGACUAUGUUGGCCAAUGCCGUCGCCAACGAAGCUGGUGUUCCCUUUUAUCAGAUUUCAGCCACGGAAGUUGUUUCUGGUGUUCCUGGUGAGUCUGAAGAGAAUAUUAGAGAGCUCUUCUCUAAAGCAUACAGGACCGCGCCUUCUAUUGUGUUUAUCGAUGAGAUUGAUGCAAUUGGUUCUAAGAGAGAGAACCAGCAAAGGGGGACGGAGAAGCGGAUUGUUACACAACUAUUGACUUGUAUGGAUGGGCCUCCUCCGGGAGAAGAUUCUUCUGGAUAUGUUCUUGUCAUUGGAGCUACUAAUAUGCCUGAUGCUCUUGAUCCUGCUCUGAGAAGGGGUAGGCGAUUUGGUCGUGAGAUUGCUCUAACCGCUCCUGAUGUACAUGCCAGGGCUGAGAUACUCUCUCUCGUAGCUCAGAGACUUAGACUUGAAGGUUCCUUUGACAUGAAAAGAAUCGCUCGCUUAACACCAGGUUUUGUUGGAGCUGAUUUGGAAGAGUUAGCUGACAUGGCUGCCAGUCUUUGCAUAAACAGGAUCAUGGAUUCAAGAAAAUUGCAACUCAGCCCUGAUGAUGAUGAUGAUGAUAGAUCUUGGCUGAGGCAGCCCUGGUCAGACGAAGAGUUGGAUAAGCUCUUUGUCAGAAUGUCUGAUUUUGAGGAAGCUGUCAAGUUAGUUAAGGGAUCUUUAACUCGAGAAGGUUUCUCUACCGUGCCUGAUGUCACAUGGGGCGAUGUUGGUGGGAUUGACCAUCUACGGACCCAACUCAAAGAUUACGUAGUCAACCCUAUCAAAUACCCAGAGACGUUUGAGAAAUUUGGAGGGAAAUUAAACUUAGAGACAGGUUUCUUGCUCUAUGGACCACCGGGUUGUGGAAAGACUUUGGUUGCAAAGGCAGUUGCAAACGAGGCAGGAGCUAAUUUCAUACACAUCAAGGGUCCAGAACUUCUAAAUAAAUACGUUGGAGAAAGCGAGCGUGCUAUUCGGACCUUGUUUCAGCGCGCCCGGCAAAGCUCACCAUGUGUAAUCUUCUUUGAUGAGGUGGAUGCUUUGACAACAAAUCGUGGCAGUGGCAGAGGCAGAGAAGGUGAUUUGGCUGUUGGUGGUCUUUUGAACCAGUUUCUCAUUGAAUUGCACGGUGGAGAUAGACGUGACGUUUAUGUCAUCGGAGCUACGAACAGGAUCGAUGUGAUUGAUCCUGCUUUCUUGAGACCAGGUAGGUUUACGAAUCGUGUGUACGUACCCCUCCCUAACGCGGAUGACCGUGUUUCGAUCCUAAAAUCCAUUGCAAAGAAGAGACCCAUAGAUCCAAGUGUUGAUCUGGAUGCCAUUGCAAACAAGUACUGUGAAGGUUUCAGCGGAGCUGAUCUCGCUAACCUGAUGGACAAAGCUAUACACGUGGCUGUGAAGGAGAAGUUCCAGUCCAUUGAGUCGUCUGAAGAUGGCGAUAUGAAUUCAAGUGAUUGCACCAUCAAGUUUACUCAUUUCAAGCAAGCCUUGUCCUUAGUCACACCUUCUCUCAGCAAACAGCAAAUAAAACACUACGAGGAACAACGGAAGAAAUAUCAAAGCAGCACCAACAUGGACCAAAUCAACAACUAUUUGGUUUUCUAUAUCGGCAUAAAGCUUUCUACCACACUGAAUGUGGUGAGUCUGGUGACACUAAAAUAUAUGCUCCGAGUACAAUUAUCCAUCAAAAUCAAGGCAUUGUCUACGUGCACAUCAAAGGAAAUGUGGCAUGGUAGUUAACUUGUUUCUGAGAAGCAAUCUAAACUAUCUUGAUAAAAUGUGUAUUGUCUUGACCAUCACAUUAUAGUUAGUAGAGAGAGUGGCCAAAGAAGAAUUUCCACCAACAGGGUUGGCUGAUGUCCAAGGUCAAAAGA